UUCCCGCCUAAAACAGCCUCUGCUUGUCAAAGACUCACCCGAAGCCCGUUUCACGUCAUCUUCCAUCACAUACGAAUCCUGCUCGUUGUGAUCCCUACUUGUCCCGACGCAAGCAGAGUUCGAUUUCUAAGCUGAUCAAGACCGGUCAAACCGCCAGCGGAACUCUGGUCUCCUCGUCUCUGACACUCUUAUAAGUGCUCGCGAAGUUGCCCCAAAGCGACAAGUCAACAAAACAAAGCCGUAUAAGCCUAUACCAAUUGACUUCCUCAAAUCUCGAGUCAGGAAGUCCGACGAUAAUACCCUAAAACUCAACAAACAAGACAGAAAGUCAGAACAAAUCUCAAACAUCCAGAAACCCACGACCCGCCUUACGGAACCGCACACCGACUCACCGAAACCAUCAUGCCUACCACGACAGAAAUCCUCGUCUGCCCUCUGAAGCCCGGCUCAGAUAUCGGCUCCGAGAGCAAUGAAGCAGCUCAAAUCCUCAAGGAAGUCGGCGCCACAUUGAAGAAAACAGACGGUGUGCAGCAAAUCCAGUUUGGAAUGCAGGUCGAGAAGCCGGAUGUGUUUCAGUUGCUUGUUCACUGGGAUAGUGUCGACCAUCAUAAAGCUUUCAUGGCCACGGAAGAGUACAAGCCUUUCUUGAAUCGCUUCUUGGGCAUUGUCGGCGGGGAUCUCUCACUCAUCCACGCGAACCUCGAGCCAUCGGGUGAACUCAACAAAGCCAUUUCAGCUCCUGUCACAGAAGUCGCCACGUUUUACUUCGGCAGCGAUGGAGCUCCAGAGGGAUAUUUGGAAGGUGUGGAGAAGUUCAAGAAAAUCAUGGAAAAGGAAAAGAGUGAUGGGUAUAUCGCAGGUGCUAUUGGAUUGACGGUAGAGGAUAAUGUAAAGAGUCCGACCAAGGAGGAUGUGGAAGGCAAAGCAGCGGUCUUGAUCAUUGGUUGGGAGAGUGUGGAGAAACAUAUGCAGUUUCGGGAGACGGCGACGUUCAAGGAUAAUAUCCAUUAUUUGAGAAAUGGGGCCAAGGAUGUUGAGAUGCACCACGUAGCCUUCCUGAACUUUGUGGAGUAAGUUGGGCGAGGGGGAACCGAGUAGAAGAGGAGUUUGUAGAGUGUGGUAGCUGCUGGUAGAUGCAGAGCUCAUGGAACAUGGCCCAAAGUGGUCGGUAGUCGCCUCUCAGAUGAUUCUUUGCAACGCAGCCUUCCCGAACAAAAUCAACG